AAUUUUACCCCCAGCAUGCACUGCGUAGGCGAUGAUCUCAACCUGCGCAGUAGGAUGCGCAGAACGCGAAUUUGGACAACCCCAAAGUAACGGCCAUGAAAUUCAAAAUUUCUCCUAACGUUGUUGGACGGAAGGAAAAUUUCUCGGAUUGCGAGCUUGUCGGACGUGUUUUCGCCGUGGUAGAAGGAUUACGAUGAAUGAAAGUCUCUUCUCGCCUGUGAAUGACGAAAACUUCGUUGUAAAGGAACCAGAAAAGACUUCCCAGCCUCCUGUACACGUGCUAACCGCCCAGUCUGUGGGCACCCGCUCAAUACUUAAACCUUCACAGAAGGAUAACAUACCUACAUCACCUGCUGAGAAAGGAUCCAAGCACGUGCAGUUUAUUACUCCUGCCCGCAAACCUGCGUCUAGACGCCAGCCGGCCUCGGAUCCGUGGCAGGCCCUCCGCUACCUGGACGAGGAGGAGCGCUGGGUAGACCGUGUCCAAGUCCUGACCAAGCAGGAUCACCAGGACUACCACACCUACGCCAGGGAGUUCCUGGACGAGAUACUCGACGGCAUCUUCAAAACGGGAAUACAAAAUACCAAAAUGUCGCGAGAGGGUACUGAGCCAUACAGUUCGGACGAGGAAGGGCCUGUCCCCAACUUUGUGCCAGAACCAUUUGUAGGUACCAGUGAACCCGAGGAAGAGGAUCUUAGCGAGCCAACUGGAGACGAGUUUCUAACUCCCCCUGAAGAAGACGACGACCUCCUCUUUGAAUUCGAUCCACUAGUCUCAAAGUCCGACUCAGGAUCAGACAAGGAAUUUGAGAAGCUUGAGGCAGAGGCUCUUGAAGGAGACCUUGAAACACCCGUGCUCUCCUCAGACUCAGAAACUGAAGCUACUGUCCCUGACAUCCCACCAGAAAUUCCUGAAAAGGAACCUACAGUUCAGGUUGAAAAAGAGGAACCUGCUCUUGAGGAGUGCAUUCCACCUCCGACCCAAGUUGAUGCUGUUGAGCCACAAGGAGAACAGAGUGAACCAGAAAAGGCUGAAGAGCAAUCCUCAGAGCCAGUAGAAGAAGUAAAGCCUGAAGUUGAGAAAGACAGUGAAGUUGAGGAGACCGUUACACCUCAGCCUGUUGUCGACCAAGACCUUGCUGUUGAACAUCCUGGUGUCAAAAAGUCUGCACCUGACGAAGAAACUCCCACUGAGCAAGAAGAGCUUGAAAAAGUUGUUGCAGAUAGUACCUCUACCAGUGAAGUUGGCAGCUCUGAAGUUGAGGUAACGGCUUCUGCAGAUUCUGGCCCAACAGCUACAGAAGAAGCUGAAGUUGACCAGCCUACUGUUGAAGUUGCUAGUUCAGAAGAAGACGUUGAAGUCACACCAGCCGAAAAAGACUCUGUAGUCACACCAACAGCUGAAGUUGACAACUCUACUGAGAAAGCUUCUGUCGAGUCUGCUGUUGUUGAAGCUGAACCUGUGGACACACCUGAAGUCAAGGCUGAGGAGGAAAUAAACUCAGUAGAAAAGGAACUGGUCGAAUCUCCUGUUAUCAACCCAGAUUUUGAGCAGGUCAAGUCUACUGCUGCAGACUCCACUGACGUUGAAGAAAAGCCAACGACUGAAAUCACUGAAACUGCUGAAGAGAAACCUCACGUUGAGUCUGCUGCUGUAAGUACCAAAGCUGAGGAGGAAGAAGACAAAUCUGCUGCACACAACAUUGCACAGGACGUCAAAGGAAAGUCUGAGGUAAGCAGUACUGAAGAGAAAGCUUUGGUUGCCUCUGAAGGACCAGUUGAACCUGUCAUUGCAGAAGCCACCCCUGAAGUUGAAGCCGAGCCAGUUGUGACUCCCAAAGCAGAAACCAAAGCUGUAAGUGAAGAAACCACAAAACACACUGAACAGGAGCCCAUUCCUCCAGUAGAGGGCAGCAGUGUUGAAGUGCCCAAAGUCCAAACCCAGGCAGCUACCUGUUCAGAAGAGGGACCUCUGGUAACUGAGGGAGCUACUGAACCAAAGGAGGCAGUACAAUCCAGCGAAGUAGUCAGGGAAGAAGAUCAUCAAAUCAACCCUACUGCAAAGUCAUCAACAAAAGAGGAGAACGAGAGCAGUGUGGAACAGAAGUCCCCAUCACCAAGCCGUGAACCAGACGUGGUACAAGCUAAACCUAAGACAGUAGAGGAACCUGCUCCCCCUCAGGAAGGCACAGCCAUGACAGACACAGACAAUACUGAUGAUAUCCCUCCUGUCCCCAAGGGAUCUUACAGCAUUGACUGGGACAGUUUGGAUGACAACAUCAACCCCUUCGAGUCCAAGACCAAAGUCUCCUCUUCUCCGCCAAAGCCAUUUGGCUCCUACCAGAUCGACUUUGACAAUCUGGAUAACAUUGAUCCCUUCAAGACUUCAAAAGGACUUGCUAACUCUCCAGUGAAGGGAAGCCCACUCAGAGAUGAAAACGUCAGUGCAAAUGCCAACAAGAACUCACCUAAGAGCUCCCCAGCAAAGAAGUCAUCUCCUGCUAAAAAGGCCAGCAAGUUAAAGUCUCCCAGAAAGGCACAGACCAAAAGUUCCCUGGCAGUGAAACAAGACAGAAUACCAGAGCCUGAGGCAGAGGUGGAGUCCAUGAGGACGUUCCUGUCCAGCGAGAGGGACAGCAAAAAGAUGUCCCCUCCGCCGGCAGACAUAGACAGCCAAUCGGACCACAGCAUCCCCAACUCGUCUUCCAACGACACUGGUUUCCAGGAUGGUGAGCCCAACAUGGACGAUGAGAUAUUCAAAUCACCCUCCAAAAUCAAUGAUCCAGUUUUUGCUCCGUCCACUGACCCUACAUCUUUUGAUGUAGCUUUCCUGGAGAAACAUGGGGCAUCUACAUCUGACCAAGCUCUGCUAGAGGGAGCUUGUGGUGGUGAAGUUGACGGUGAUGAGUUUAAGGAGUCAGCGUUGGCCCGGCAGUCACUUUACGUGAAAUUUGACCCUCUGGUGAAGGGAGCCAGCCCUGAAGAGAAACAACCUACACAUAUGGAUGCCAACAAGGAUGAUAGUGGUUGUUGCGAUGUGUCAAACCUAAGUCGCAUUGCCAUAAUCGCCCCCUAUUCAGCCAAGCACAAGGGCCUUCUCCCUGCAAUCGAGAAUGAAGAAGAAGAAAAUGACCUACUGCAGAUGAGCACCCCUCCCACCCAGAGAGCGGAGGCCAAGCCCAAACACCCCGCAGCCCGUAAGCUGGCAGAACAAGUGGCCUGCAAGCCAGAGUCACCAGGCCUGGGGAAGGGGGUUGACAAACUCCUCACCUUCAGCCCAGCAUCUGCAAUGCAAGACUUAGAGGAGUCCAGCAGAAAGAAGGAAGAGUCUCCAGAAGCCAUGGACAUUGAUUCCACAUCAACAGAAGAGGAUCACGCACCGGUCCGGGGCAGCCCAGGUCCCGCGGACGAUGAUUCCUACGAGGAGGGGAUGUGGACGCCCCCCACGGGCGAUACGUACAAGCUCAUGUGGAUGGACCCCGACUUUGGCUCCGACGAGGACACUGAGAGUCCCAAAGACUUCCCUGUUGACCUCCUGACAUGCAGUCCUCUUCCUUCUCUGGAGAAUACAACCUCAACCAAUCAGGACUCAGACAUGGGAGAUGCCAGUAGCACUCCUCCUCCCACUCACACAUGUUCUGGAGAUGUUGCCACCCCCCCUCCUGACGUGCUACCCGUGGAAGAGACUCCUGAUACAGAAACUAGCAAAGACAAGCCGUCCCCGAGACCAUCCCCACCACGAACCACCGAGUCUUUCGCUCCCAAGGCAUCCAAACAAGAUGAGGGCAUUGUACAGUUGUUACGGUACUCCCAAGCUGAUCAGGAUGCUGCUAUCAAACAGGCUAAGGAAGAGGUGGAAAAAGAGUGGGCAAUCAAGAUGUCUGUACGAGACCUGGAGUUUCAGGAGGUCUGCAGACAGAAGGAGGAGGCCCUGAGAGACAACCAGGAGAUGAAGAAAGUGGUGGAAGGCUUUGAAAGAACCAUACAGCAGAUGAUCGACAAACUUGACCACCUUGAGGCGGACAGGUUAAAAUUUGAAUUUGAGGAUAAAAGUUUAACAAAAGAAAACAAAAUGCAGCUCAUCAGAGAAAAAGAACAGGCUCUGGAGGAUCUAGCCAGCGUAGAGAAAUCUUUCAGUGACCUACACAAGAGAUAUGACAAGCUGAAGGGGGUUGUAGAGGGGCUUAAGAAGAAUGAAGAAACUAUGAAGAAGUGCAUUCAGGAGUACCAGACAAAACUGAAGAAACAGGAGCAGAGAUAUCAGUCCCUCAAGUCACAUGCUGAGGAAAAAAUUGAGAGUGCCAACCAGGAGAUUGACAGGGUGAGGAAGUCGAACCAGACGGAGGUCAUGGCUCUGCAGGCUCAGCUGAAGAGAGCGGAGACCAAGGCAGCCAGUCUGGAGAGAACAGUGGAGCAGCAGGCUCAAGAAAACAAAGAGCUGACUGCCAUCUGUGACGACCUGAUAGCCAAGAUAGGAGGGAAAUCCUGAAACACCAUCCUGUAAACCAUACAGUACAACUUGUCUGAUUUCAACUGGUCAUUGUUUUCAAUAAAACAGAACCCAUUUAUCAAAUAAAGUGUGCUUACUAAGUUAAAUUUUGUUGGUUAGACAUGUUCCCAAUAAAAGACGUUAUUGAAUAUUAUUUAUGAUUGACAAGCCACGCCUUAGUUGAUUGGCAUACUUUUGUAAAAGGUAUCAAAGUAUCCAAGGUGCUUGAUGCACAUGUUCUGACAUCUUUUGUACAGCUUUCUGUUUUCCAGAUCCUUCCAUCACUCCUGUUUUGGUAUUUAUUGCAAAUGUUAGGAAGAGAAGCAACUGUUGAACAAAUGGACAGCUGUACCAAGCUGUGCAUUUCAGGGAGCUUGCUUCCCAUGCAAUAAACACUGUAGCUGUAACAAUUUCUACUGUACAGUGAGACUGUCAAAUUAGCUUAUGUAUGGAGCUCAAGUGUUGAAUCUUAUUGAUAUAGGUUAUAUGAUGUUGAAUCAGUGAGUUUGUAAUUUGGGAUGGGAAAAAGUAGUGUAGCCGAGAGGAAUAUGAAAGACAGAUGACCUUUGUAAUGAUUGCACUAAUAUGUAACGUUUGCAUGGGGAGUGAGGGGUAUGGGGGACAACUAUAAGUCUAAGAGUGAGAAACGCAAAGCUACCUUUUGUUCCCGUCUGCAAACUAAGAUGAUCCAGGAGAUCUUCUGUGGGAACAUUCAGAGCUAUACAGAUUUGGUUGCUAGAGACAAAGGACAUUGCUAUGUGAUAAAUGUAACUGUGAGACGAAGGUCGGUAUUCAGAGUUGAAGUGCCAAGGUCAGGGUCCGACUAUGCACACGCACUACUGGUUAGGAAAGAGACACUGUAUAUUAGAAAGUUACAAAAAUGAAUUACGAUAGAAGACGUGAUUGCAACAGAUAUGAUGUGGUACCCUUGAAUUAUGAUCAUUGAUAAAGUUUAGAAGUAUGAAACAAUGUAUAGUUACUGUUUGAUCAAGGAUAGUCUUCCCAUGUUGAGAUAUGAUAUUCUGCCUUCCAUGUUCUUUUGCAGUGCACUGUACCAUAGAAGCUUUCCCCAUCUCCUGAAAUAUCCCAACCCUUACCUUUUGCUAACCCCUGUAUUGAUGGCUAUUUCGUUAGAAAGUUACUUUUUAUCUGCUUAAUUAUAGAAAGACAUUGUAACUCUUAGCCAUUAACAAGCAAGCUAUUUAGUGCCCAGAACGUCUUUAAAUGUACAAUGCUAUUGUCUAUGUUACUCUUCAUUUUUCUCAGGACUACAUACAUGUGAUAAACAAAUAGCAAAGCUCUCACUGAAAAUCCCACAUCCCUGUCUGACUGUCCCAACUGUAACCCUUCGUGACAUCCCUUCAGCCUGUCAUAGCCACCACUAUUUUUGCACAAAUGUGUAAAUAAAUCCCUGUACUGACCAGUGGAUGCCAAUAACAGUUGAGUGUUGUGAAAUGCAGAGCAACAUUGUCAACCAGCUGAUGCUUGUAGUGUGUGUAUGUCUCUAGCAAUGACCAGUGAACUACAAUGUAUGUGUGAGUUAGGUUUUGUACAUAAGAUGAUGAUUUGGUUUUCUUAAUAAAGUUUGAAAAUUUUA